AAAAAGUAAAAUGGAACGACAAAAACAAGCAGCAGAAAGGAGAAGUAAAAAGAAGAAAAAGAAAAAAGUAGAAAAAAUUAGUCAAGUAGAAGAAUAUGAAAGGGUAGACAAAAACAAAAAGAAAACAGAACCUAUAGCAGUGACAUCCAUUCAAGCAAAAGAUUUUUUAUUAAUUAGCAAGUAUCUUGGUAGAAUUUUAACAACACAAGAACUAGAUCGACUCAAGAAGGUGCAUAAUCUAUAUGUAGAAUUAGAGGCAAAUGGUGCACUAAGUAAAAUGAAAAACUCAAUUGAAGCACAGUAUGGGCCAAUAAGUAUAUCAACAUUAAAAUUUGAAAGAAGACUUGAA